AUGGGGGCCCCCAGAGGGGCCCCCAGGAAGGGUGCCUUGGGGGGCCCCAUGGGCUACCUAUACCCGCUUAAGGGGCCCCAUGGAGACCCCCAUGGGGGCCCCCAUGAAGGCUGCUCGGCGUCUUUUUUGGGGGCCCCGUCCAGAAAAGAAACUGCUGCAGCAGCAGCAAAUGCAACGGCAGCAGCAGCAAAAGAGUCAGCUGCAGCAGCACCAACAGGUGCAGUAGCAGAAGCAGCAACAGCUGCAGCAGCAGCAGCAGCAGCGGCUGCAAUAGCAGCAGCAGUGGCAGCAGUAACAGCAGCCGCAACAGCUUCAACAGUAGCAGCAGCAGCAGCAACAGCUUUGUGUUAUGCGUUUGCUGAGGCUUCUGGUGUACGUACAGCUGAAACAGAAUGCAUUUGCAUGCUAAAAGUCACUGCUGCAGCAGCAGCAAAUGCAACGACAGCAGCAGCAAAAGAGUCAGCUGCAGCAGCACCAACAGUUGCAGUAGCAGAAGCAGCAACAGCUGCAGCAGCAGCAGCGGCUGCAAUAGCAGCAGCAGUUGCAGCAGUAGCAGCAGCCGCAACAGCUUCAACAGUACCAGCAGCAACAGCUGCAGCAGCAGCAGGAGCAGCAGCUGCAGCAAUAGUAGCAGCAACGGCAGCAGCAGUAACAGCAGCGAAAGCUGCAGCAACAACUGCAGCAGAAGCUGCAGCUGCAGCAGCAGCAGCAGCAGCAGCAGCAGCAGCAGCAGCAGCAGCAGCAGCAGCAGCAAAGUCUAGGCAACACGGGAAUACUACAGUUAAACCCUAA